AUGCUUUUAUCUCUGCGAUCCAGUUUCCCCGGAAAACCCCUCCUUGGUGGAUCUUCCAGCUUCGGCCAUCAUCGAUGGUAUAAGUUCUUUUCCUCAACCCCACAGAUUACGCCCCAUGGGGAAGCUCGCUUAGAGCGUGUGGACGUUCCGAAGGGUCUGCGGGAUGUCCGAGCGAAUGCGGAGCUUUCCUCGGGUUUACCGUACACGACUAUCGUAGACCCCUUCGCCAUCACGUUUGCCGAGCGGCUAAUUUACACUCAAACCCCCGAAGCUACUGUCUAG